UCAGCAACGAAUCAUCCAUCAUCGGGAUCGAACUGUCCAUCAAAAAAUCACAAAAACUUUGUGCGAAGUUUGCAUUCCGAUUUAUCUUUUUCACGUGUGAAUCGUUAAUAGUUGCUAUUUAUCCAAAAAGGUAGAAGAAAGAAAUUAGAUAAAAGUAUCGCAUUCAAUACAAUAGUUCGAAAGGUUUGCUUGUUCCAAAAAUAUUCGUGGGAAGAUGCCUGCCAAAGAGCGAAACAUUGCCAUGAUGGGCUACCGAUCUGUAGGAAAAUCUUCACUCAGUAUUCAGUUCGUCGAGGGACAAUUUGUUGACUCGUAUGAUCCAACCAUUGAAAACACGUUCACCAAAAUCACGCGCGUUAAUUCGACCGACUACGAAGUGAAACUGGUUGAUACCGCCGGUCAAGAUGAGUACAGCAUAUUCCCCGCCCAGUACAGCAUGGAUUUCCAUGGGUACGUGCUGGUUUACUCAAUCACCAGCCAGAAGUCGUUCGAGGUUAUUCAGAUUAUUUACGAAAAGCUGCUAGACGUUAUGGGAAAGGCCUACGUCCCGGUGGUACUGGUUGGAAAUAAAACCGAUUUGCACCAGGAGCGAGCCGUCUCAACCGAAGAAGGUAGAAAGCUAGCGGAAUGCUGGAAAGCACAGUUUCUGGAAACCUCUGCUAAACAAAACGAGUCUGUAGCGGAUAUCUUCCAUCUGCUGUUACAGCAGAUCGAGCGCGACAACGGCAACACAGGCGAGAAGAGCAGCUGUACGAUUUCCUGAAUAACAGGUGAGCAAGCCAUGCAAAUCACACCAGUACUUCUUUUCCCAAGCCCAGUCGCAGUAGCCUGAAUUAUGUAAUCCCCUUCCUGGUUGUUCGGUUCCAGCGCAAAAAGCUAGGUCGUCGCAUCCGGGGCAAAACACCUGGAUAAAGAGCAUAUUCUGGGGCUGUCGCCUAGGAGUAGAACAAAUUAAGCUAAACUAACAAUUGGCAAUUGUGCAGUAAGCAAUGUUUUCAGAUUGAAUCGAAGAUUUUUUUGUUGAAGUUUUAAUUUAUCAAAUAUUGGAAUUUUAUCUGUUGAUAAAUGUUAUAUCAGUUGGGAUGCGAUCGGAAGCUUCUAACCGAGGCGAGAGAAUGGAACAAUCAGUUGCACACAAACUCACAAACCUACAUAAUUGAAAUAACUCUCAGAACGUACAAGUUGUAUCAUACCGUAAUUUUUUAGUUUAAUAUAUGGAAAAUAAUAUCAUGAUGAGAGAAGUUCGGAACGAGGUAUGCGAAAUGUUUUAUAUGGGUGUUUCCGCAAGGCAUAGUCGCGAUGAGUUUUUGGGAAAUUAGGACUAACAAUUGUGUAAAAAAUCUACUGAAAAUAUAUUUUAAAAGAAUUUUACCACCCUGAACCUAUUACAAUGCGGUCGAGCGACAUUCGUGUUAUCAAUUAAGCGAAAGAAACAAAAAAAUAAAAAAAAUUAGGAUUACUUUGCACUGUGGAAAGUAUGACGUACGAAAGAGUAGUACAUUUAUAGAUAGGAUUUACCAAUAGGCAAACGUAAUUAUAAGCACCAGCUACGAAGCCUGGGCGAACGUACUACACACUCGUGGACAUGUGAGAACCAGACCAGGCUCGAUGUAAGAAAACUAAUCCGGAAAAAUCUAUCGCUCACGAGUUAUCACGUGACACAGCUUAGGCCAGAACAAGGAAUAUGCAACCAUGAAUUUGUUUUCAAAUGAUCCGUUCAGAAUGAUCCGUUAAACAAAAGUUGAUUUGAGUGAAAAUUUUGCAUUCAUGACGAUUAGAACUUCAGAGAAAUAUCUUGUGCGCUACAAUAAUUUCCUAAUUAUAAAGCUCGUCAGAAAGGUCAAAAGUAGCACAAGUAAGUUCUUCUAUUUUCUUCAGUUUACGUUUUUGAAUUCCGCUGUUUUUGCAUUGCUUUGAAUUGGUUUGAAUAAUUUAUUUAUUUGUUACCAUUGAUUUGGUCUAUUGUAGUGAGGGAAUUUCAAUCUUAAACAUAUUUCAUGCAGAUAGAAUAAAUCCGAUUGGAGCAAAUUUUCAAUAAAUUUCCUCCCUUUUUAAUGUAUAACUAUUAUAUAUGCAUAAAUUAAAAUGUUCUUCUGCACAACUCAUAAUAUGCAGUGCAUGACGCUUUAUUUCGUCCGAUAGGUAAAGGUAAUUAAAUUCGAAAACGUUCUGACGCACUAUUCGAAUUAAACAAAUGGUGGCAUAUGAAGAUGAAUUCCAAAGGUGUACAUACUGGUUGACAUUUUUAUUUUCGCGCCUUCUAUCGACAGAAUUCUGCAGAAUUCUUUCUAAUGAAACAGUAGAUGCAUAUUUAAUACUUCUGGUUGACCGAUGAUUACAAAGUAACUGGGCGAUAGAUUUUUCAAGAAAAUGUUUUAGCUGUUACGUCCGUGUUUUGACCUUUUGGUUUGUUUGAUUCGAUCUUACAGUCACUCUCAAAAUUGAGCGUACAGCAAGGAUUAGAUGAAUAUAUUCGAAAAUUCCAAAGGAAAUUUAAUUGUUGCCUCGGUUGUUUUUAAUGCAUUUCAAUAUUCAUCCCUUCCUUCAAUGUAUGCGCACCUAAAAUGGUUGAAAUUUUUUCUCUAAAGUUCAUUUAUUUGAAAAUAAUCUCAAAAGACGCCUAUUAUAUGUGACAAAAUUGAGCGUACAGCGAAUGUUUUUCUAUAAAAUUUCUUAUUAUAAAAGCGAUUAAUGUCAUUUAAUGUUAUUUUUUCAUGAUUAUAUUUAUAAUAAUAAAUAUCCGCUACUUAAACAUUCAAUGUUUUUGAAUUAAACCAUAUUUUGGUCAAAAUGGCGAACAAUUAAGAUGUAUAAACAAUGCUAUUUAACAAUUCAAUGCUGCUGGGCAAAAUAGAUGCUUUAAGAUAUGGAUUUCACCGGCAUCGUGUCUUAUAUAUGAUAGAUAAUCGAAAUCGAGCGAGACAUAUGAUAAAUUUAGGAAAAAUCAGUCGGUAAAUGAUGAAAACAGAUGUAAACAUACAGAGAAAACGACAAAUGUUGAGAAUGGCAUAUUUCAAAUUAAGUAUAACUUUAUUUAAAAGUCGAUGUAUAGGUAGCUUAUAAGCUCAGGACACUCAUUAUUAAUAAUAAUAAUAGAAGAGCAGCACACGGAUACAUUAUAAGAUGUCAUUUUAUAUUUGAAGACUCAGUAAUAGUAGGGACAAAUUUGGUCGAAUCAUUUAAAUUCACCAAGAUAUCAUUAAAUAAGCUGCCGAACUCUUAAGAAAGCUUAUUUUUACUCGCCACAUGGAAAUCAUCCCAUUGUAUCCCUUAUGGUAACAGAUCGUGGAGUUUAAUCCAAAAUUAUUUAUGAAAUUACGAUUUUAAGCUAUAUUUUCAAUAUUCAAUCAGAAGUGCUCUAUGGGGUUGAAAAGCUGAUUUUAUGUUCGGUACCUUAACAUGCACCUUGUACUUUUAGAAUUCGACUGUGAAUGAUUGGAUUCAAUAAUACUACUCUUAAUGAUAGACCUGAGACAAUAAUCGAGCUUUAAAACAAAUUUAAGUUAAAGACAUACUAAAUUUGAAAUAUGUCAUUCCUAACAUUUAUCGUUUUCUCUGUAUGUUUACAUCUGUUUUUAUCAUUUACCGACUGAAUUUUCCCAAAGUAAACGUAUGUCUUGCUCGAUUUCGAUUUUCUAUCAUAUAUAAGAUACGAUGCCGUUGAAACAUACAAAUUAAAGCAUCUAUUUUGCCCAGCAGUAUUGAAUUGUUAAAUAGCAAUGUUUUUACCUCUCACUUGUUCGUCAUUUUGACCAAAACAUGGUUUAAUUUCAAAACAUUGAAUGUUUAAAUAGCGGAUGUUUAUUAUUAUAAAUAUAAUCAUGAAAAAACAAUAUUAAAAUACAUUAAUCAUGUUUAUAAUAAGAAAUUUUAUAGAAAAAAAAUCACUGUACGCUCAAUUUUGUCACAUCUAAUAGGCGUAUUUUGAAACUAUUUUCAAAUAAAUGAACUUUAGAGUAAAAAUUUCAACCAUUUUAUGUACGCAUACAUUAAAGGAAGGGAUGAAUAUUGAAAUGCAUUAAAAACAACCGAGCCAACAAUUAAAUUUCCUUUGGAAUUUUAGAAUAUAUUCAUCUAAUCCUUGUGUACGCUCAAUUUUGAGAGUGACUGUAUAUUGUGUCGACGUUGUGGCAUAAAUUUUGAGAAAUAAUGAGUUUAAGUCGCGCAAAUGAACAUCUAUCCGGCUUUCCACGAACGCUCAUGGAUGCUUGUUUGGGUGAUCCAAAUGAUCCAGUAACUUUAUUAACUGACAGCUGAAUUUGGGUUGGGCAUUUCAAUGUACCAGGACGAGAGAAAAGGCGACCUUAGUCUAUCUAGCCUUAUAGCCAGGGCGAAUAAGUGCAGUGCUAGAAGGAUUCUCGAUCCACGCGGGUUACUGUUAGAGUACUGGAAAAUAUGGAUAGGAACGACGGACACACAUAAGAAUGCUUAUUUUCGAGAAAACAUACACAUGGUAAUAUUACCUACUUCAUCUCUAUUUUACCCCACAAGAUAGUUUUGUUCGUUUUAAAUCUGAAGCAGCAAAAUCUUUUUGUAGUAGCCAGCUAGGAUUAAAAAAACGGCUACGCGUAGACACCUAGAUGAUAAAAAUAGUAAAAAUCAAAUGGAAUUAUUUAUAAGUUAA